AUGGAUCAAGCAAAGCAGGAGCCGGGCGCCCCAGCGUGCCCGAGGUGCAGCCGCUGGAAGGUGACGGUCGCCGCUGCCCUCGUGGGCACCGUCACUGCCCUCUACCUGGGCAUCCUGCUGGCCUGUCACCCCGCGGCCGAGAGCAGCUUUGAGCACACGGUGGAGCUGAGGGGCAUCGCCUUCAACAGCAGCCUGCAGGCGGAAAACUCCGACUACUACAGGGCGCUGACACCCGCGCUGGAGAGGCUGGUGAGUCCAACCUGGCGCCAAACCUGGAGCGAAGCGGAGCCACAUGCAGGAGAGAGGAGCUCCGGGUACCUGUGGAGACAAGGGCAGCCGCUUCUGCUGUCUCCAGCUCCCUGCGCCGGCGACGUCUCUCCGCACCGGCCCGGGCUCAAAGCAGGGGACGGCCCCGGGCACGGCUUCCCUUGCCGCAACGGCCAGUGCGUGUGGAAAGAAAACCCGGAAUGCGACGGCCGCAAGGACUGCUCGGACGCCUCCGACGAGAAAGGCUGCAACUGCGGGAGCCGCCCGGCCAUGCAGACUGCCAGCAGGAUCGUGGGGGGCUCGGACGCGUCCCGAGGGGAGUUUCCGUGGCAAGUCAGCCUGCGGGAGAACAACGAGCACUUCUGCGGCGCCACCAUCCUCACGGAGAAAUGGCUGGUGUCGGCCGCUCACUGCUUCACCGAGUUCCAGGAUCCGACGCUGUGGGCAGCGUACGCCGGGACCACGUCGCUCAGCAGCGUGGAUGGCAGCGCGGUGAAGAUGGGCAUCGCGAGGAUCAUCUCGCACCCCUCCUACAACGCCGACACGGCCGACUACGACGUGGCCGUGCUGGAGCUCAAGAGACCCUUGGCCUUCACCAAGUACAUCCAGCCCGUGUGCCUGCCCGCCGCCGGGCACCGCUUCCCUUCCCGAAAGAAGUGUCUCAUCUCCGGCUGGGGCUACCUCAAGGAGGAUUUCCUGGUGAAGCCGGAGUUCCUGCAGAAAGCCACGGUGGAGCUGCUGGAGCAGGGCCUGUGCUCCAGCCUCUACAACCAUGCCCUCACGGACAGGAUGCUGUGUGCUGGCUACCUGGAGGGCAAAGUCGACUCCUGCCAGGGUGACUCUGGCGGGCCGCUGGUUUGCGAAGAACCGUCCGGCAAGUUUUUCCUAGCGGGAAUCGUGAGCUGGGGAAUUGGAUGUGCCGAAGCCAGGCGGCCUGGGGUUUACACCCGCGUCACCAAACUGAGAGACUGGAUCGUUGCGGCUAUUUCGGCCUUCCCCACCUCCGUAAGCCACAGCGUCCCACUGGGACACGCCAGCACUAACGACAGCGCGGGGACCCCCGCGGAUCUCGGCGACACCGUCACUGGAGCCACCCCCAGCAUCUCGGCAGCCCCAGCUGCCAGCAGGACAGCGACCUCCUCCAGGCCACAAGAGUGCGGAGGACGACCUGGACUCUCCAAACCCAGCAAGAUAGUGGGAGGAACGGAUGCUUCCAGAGGAGAGAUCCCCUGGCAAGUCAGCCUGAAAGAAGACUCCAGGCAUUUCUGCGGAGCCACCAUCAUUGGGGAUCGCUGGCUGCUCUCGGCUGCUCACUGCUUCAAUCAGACAACGCCAGAAGAAAUUGAAGCCUACAUGGGAACUACAUGGCUAAAUGGAACGGAUGGUGACACGGUGAAAGUCAACGUAACACGAGUGAUCCAGCACCCCCUCUUCAACCCCGUCAUUUUGGAUUUUGAUGUUGCCUUAUUGGAGCUGGCAAGACCCCUUGUCUUCAACAAAUAUGUCCAGCCCGUCUGUCUCCCACUUGCUGUGCAGAAGUUUCCUGUUGGCAAAAAGUGUGUGAUUUCUGGGUGGGGAGACACCCAGGAAGGCAAUGUCACCCAACCUGAGAGCCUGCAGAAAGCGUCCGUGGGCAUCAUAGACCAGGAGACCUGCAACUUCCUCUACAACUUCUCCCUCACGGACCGUAUGAUCUGCGCUGGCUUCCUGGAAGGGAAGGUGGACUCGUGCCAGGGAGAUUCUGGAGGGCCCUUGGCCUGUGAGGAAACCCCCGGCGUGUUCUACCUGGCUGGCAUCGUGAGCUGGGGCAUCGGCUGUGCCCAGCCUAAGAAACCUGGCGUCUACUCCAGAGUCAGCAAGUUCAAAGACUGGAUCCUGGAGACCAUGGCAGAGUUGUCCAGCCCAGGCACAGCCACUUGGUCCAGUUCAGCCAUCGCCAGAGCUUCCACCGCAGCCACCCUCACCCAACAGCCCAGCACAACCGCUAUGAGUCCGGUCAACAGAACCACCCUGGGGGUGACAACCACAAGCAGCAUGGAAACCUCCGCAGCUCUGGAAACAACCGAGCCUGCCAACCCCACCCAAACCCCAGUGGUGCCCUGUACCAGCCUCACCUUCAAGUGCUCCAGCACAGUCUGCAUUGGAAAAGCAAAUCCCGAAUGCGACGGCGUUGCCGACUGCAGCAACGGCUCCGACGAGCGCAACUGUGACUGUGGCUUAACUACCGCUCUGGCCUUCAGCAAGAUCGUGGGUGGCAGCGGCGCGGCGCGGGGCGAAUGGCCGUGGCAGGUCAGCCUGUGGCUCCGGCGCAAGGAGCACAAGUGCGGCGCCGUCCUCGUCGCUGAGCGGUGGCUGCUCUCUGCAGCUCACUGCUUUGACAUUUACAGCGACCCCAAAAUGUGGGUGGCCUUUCUAGGAACCCCCUUCCUGAACGGCAUUGACGGGCAAGUGGAAAAAAUAUUCCGUAUCUACAAGCACCCUUUCUACAACGUCUACAGCCUGGACUACGACGUGGCACUCCUGGAGCUCAGCGCACCCCUCAAGUUCAGCAGCACCAUCAGACCCAUUUGUCUCCCCGAUAACUCCCACGUUUUCAGUGAAGGAGCCAGAUGCUUCAUCACGGGCUGGGGCUCCACCAAGGAGGGAGGUACUGGCUGACAGGGUUCCCUGUCCCCACUGCGUGCCAACUUGGUCCCCUCCUGCGCGGGGUUCCCCCAAGGCACCGUCGACAGCUGCUCGGGCGAUGCCGGCGGCCCCUUGGCUUGUCAAGAACCCUCAGGGAGGUGGUUUCUAGCGGGAAUCACAAGCUGGGGCUACGGCUGUGCCCGGCCCUACUUCCCUGGGGUCUACACCAAAGUCACAGCUGUCCAGGGCUGGAUCGCACAGAACCUCAAGCUCUGA